AGGCCCAGGAAAACCGCGUUGGCACCGAAGCCGAAUACAGAAUAAUGUUAGUUCGAGAGUGGGGGACUGAAGUUGCAGAGACUGCAUAGGCAGUCAGUGCGUGAGUCGUGAGUGUAGUAAACAAAAGAUGGGCCCACGCCGUAGGCGAGCGGACGAACUUUUGUCGACUUAGUAUUCACGAUCAGUUGAACAUUCAACCGUCCAAGAAAAAGACUCGAGCAUCUCGUAGAGCCCGGCCAUGGCACUAGCAAGAUUUGAACAAAAAACGCUUUGCUUUUCAUAAAAUCUCGCAACACUACAAAUUCCUGGAAUUCUGGUAACAACAAAGCAAAGAAAUAGAAAAUCAGCUGGAUUCAAUCAAUUGUGGAAUCGAAAGGAAAAUACAAAAAUGACAUUCACUGGUGUGAAAACAGCAGGAGUAGAAAAUGUCAUUAAAAUUCAUGGGAAUGUUAAGGAGAGGACGACAGAAGUGAUUGAUGUAAACAUAAAAGCCAACCUCACAGUAUCAAAUUCUAAGGGAUCAAAAUUUGUUCAAAAAUCACUUCUCUUCUUCGUCCUUUUUUUUACCAGCAUAUUCACCAUUAUUCUUUUCAACGUAAGAAGAGAAUUACAGGCCCUUAAAUUUCAGGAACAAUGCAUAGAGACAAAAAUCGCCAUUCUGAUGACCAAAUAUGAGAAAGUUAGCAAUCAACUGAGCCGUAUCCGUUCCCAUACAAAUUACAACAAAUAUCAACCAAUCACUACUUCAUACACAUCAGAACUAAUCUUUCCUUCAAAUGACAAACCUCUUAACAAUAAAGCUCGUGUAACGACUUCGCCAAGUACCGACCAAGAAAAUUCGAGUCUCAUUCAAAAAGAGAAUAUCACUUUAACUGUGACUGGAAAGAGAUCUGAAAACGAUAAAGAAUAUUCGGAAAAUACUUCAAUGAAAAGAAACCAAAGCAAAAAUAGUAAUCGUUUCAUAAGAACAAUAAUAAAUGCGACAGAUCAGAAUGAUAAUCCGACUAUGGAAUACAUAGAAAAAAAUGUUGCUGACACAUCGAGCUUGAAUGCAGAUAGAGAAAAUAAUGAGAUAAUGAAUGUGAAAAAAGAUGAUAAUGUUGGUCUGUGGAGCGAAGCCAGGACAGCAAGAAUGAGAAGAGAUAAUGACAGGAGAGGUAAAAUACGGACAAAGAACAAAAGGCGGCCCAACCGCAGUCGCAGGCGAUUGGGACCGUUGGUAGUAACAUUCGUUGGAAGUGUUCCAGAGCAGCACAUAACAGAUCAAGGUAGUGUAAUUGGACCAUGGGUGAAGCUUCCCAAAGACACAUCGUAUUACGAUCUUCAAAGAUUCCACCUAGUAGACAAUAACAAAUCAAUUGAAAUCACCAUGAACGGAUUGUAUAUGAUAUCUGCACAGAUGUUCUACUUUGGUAAGCACACCAAUUAUUCGUACUGGAUUAUAGUGACUUCGGAAGGUGAAUCAAGUCCUCGAAAAAUUACAAAAUGUUCAGCGGUUGCAAGUACGUCCGCCAACGAAGUUUCUUGCCAUACAAAUGUAGUUUUACCUUUACGGAGAGGUGACAGAGUGCAAUUAAAACAAGAAGAAUGUGAUCGACUCAUAAAUUUACGAGAAGGAUUCAGUUACGUACAGCUGGUUUUACUGUCAAACGAAGCCGACAGGAAACGAAGAGAGCUUCGAAAGAGUUCCGCAAGUGAAUAAUAGAUGUACAAUGUAAAAGUGUGAGAACAAGUAACUGCAUACUAAUUAGACGAAAUAAGAUGAACAUUGCAGUAUUGUCAAGAAUUGAAACCUUGUAACAAUCAUUGUUAGUAUUAGUUCUUUUUUUUUA